GAAAACGCUGGAGACGUUUGGCGCGGCUGAUAGACGACUACCUGCUGGCGGUGGAGCGGGAAAGAUCGUCCGUCUGUGUCUGCUAUUUUGUCUGGGGAGUUAGGAGUAACAGGUGCCGGCAGCUAGCUUUCAGUUUAUUAUCUCUGGAAAGACGUCUUAUCGGAGCUUGCUUUACGCAAGCAGACGGAAAUAGUUAGAAAAUGCCUCCCAUCGAAAAUGACACCGGCAAAAAUGCACUAAAGAGUCAGAUACAGCAGUUGAUUGACUCCAAUCGAGUGGUGGUCUUCAGCAAAAGCUACUGUCCAUAUUGUGUCCAGGUGAAGAACCUGUUCAAGGAACUGAAAAUCGAGUGUAAUGUGAUGGAGUUGGAUCUCAUGGAGAAUGGAACCAACUACCAGGAGAUGUUGCUCGAGAUGACUGGACAGAGAACCGUUCCUCAGGUCUUCAUCAACAAGACGCAUGUCGGUGGUUGUGACAAAACGAUGCAGGCUCAUAAAGACGGCAGCCUACAGCAGCUUCUCAGCGGAGAACCUGAAGCAUAUGACUACGACCUGAUUGUCAUCGGAGGAGGAUCUGGAGGCCUGGCCUGCUCCAAGGAAGCAGCCUUACUGGGGAAGAAGGUCAUGGUGUUGGACUAUGUCGUCCCCACACCAAAGGGAACCACCUGGGGUCUUGGUGGAACUUGCGUGAACGUUGGCUGUAUUCCAAAGAAGCUGAUGCACCAGACGGCUUUGUUGGCUACAGCAAUCGGAGACGCACGGAAGUUUGGUUGGGAGUUAGGUGAAUCAGUGAAACACAACUGGGAGACGAUGACGACGGCAGUGAACAGUUAUAUUGGCUCACUGAACUGGGGCUACAGGGUGGCACUGAGAGAUAAGAACGUCAACUAUGUCAACGCUUACGCAGAGUUCAUUGAACCCCACAAAAUCAAGGCAACAAACAAACGAGGAAAGGAGACGUUUUACACAGCAGCCAGAUUUGUCCUGGCCACAGGCGAAAGGCCACGAUACCUGGGAAUCCCCGGAGACAAGGAGUACUGCAUCACCAGUGAUGACCUCUUCUCGUUGCCCUACUGCCCGGGGAAGACCCUGGUUAUCGGAGCGUCAUACGUGGCCCUGGAGUGCGGCGGCUUCCUGGCCGGCCUCGGCCUCGACGUCACCAUCAUGGUGCGCUCCAUCCUGCUGAGGGGCUUCGAUCAGGACAUGGCUAACCGCGCCGGAGAACAUAUGGAGACACACGAUGUCAAAUUCAUUCGCAGAUUUGUUCCAACAAAGAUUGAGGAGCUGGAAGCUGGCAGCCCCGGCAGGCUGAGGGUGACGGCUAAGUCCACAGAAACAGACGAGAUCAUCGAGGACGAGUACAACACGGUGUUGAUAGCAGUGGGUCGAGAUGCGUGCACCGACAAAAUCGGCCUGGACAAGGCAGGCGUCAAAGUAAACCCAAAGAAUGGAAAGAUUCCAGUGAACGAUGAAGAGCAGACCAAUGUGGCCCACAUCUAUGCCAUUGGAGACAUUCUGGAGGGAAAGUGGGAGCUGACGCCUGUUGCCAUCCAAGCUGGGAGGUUACUGGCUCGUCGUCUCUACAGCGGAUCAACUGUCAAGUGUGACUACAUCAACGUUCCUACCACGGUUUUCACCCCUCUGGAGUACGGUGCCUGCGGCCUGUCAGAGGAGAGAGCCACAGAGCUCUACGGACAGGACAACAUCUCGGUGUACCACAGCCUGUUCUGGCCUCUGGAGUUCACCGUGCCGGGCCGCGACAACAACCGAUGCUACGCCAAGAUCAUCUGCAACACACUCGACAAUGACAGAGUCAUUGGGUUCCACUACCUGGGUCCAAAUGCAGGGGAGGUGACGCAGGGCUUUGGUGUCGCCAUGAAAUGUGGUGCGACCAAGGAGCAGCUUGACACCACCAUUGGCAUCCACCCGACCUGUGCCGAGGUCUUCACUACCUUGCAGGUGACGAAGAAAUCCGGUGGAGACAUCACCCAGGCUGGUUGCUGAGGUUAAACCCUGCUUGUUUAGCGGGCUGCUCUCCUAUCAGACUCCUGUCCUCUUGGUUCCCAGCCAGAGUUUACAGGGUGUUGGUUUGUCCUGAUUAUUUAAUCUGGUGAAAGAUGCUCUGAUGGAGCAAAGAGGCGAUCCAAAGCUCCAAGAGUCCAAUAUGAGGGUAGUCUGCUGAAUGGCAGGGUUACUCUGCUGAUGCUUCUGCUGGCCUCCACCAGCACCUUCUCAGAGGAGCUCCAGCACACUUCCUGUAGGGAUGUGUGUGCUUGGACGGUUUCAUGACGUCCUGGCCCGUAACCUAAGAUACUGAGGUGGGCAAGGAUCGAUGUCUUUCUGCAGAGGUACCCGAUGGUGGCUCGCAAUCCUUCGUCCAAAUCCCCAACUGCAUCCUAUUGUUAUCCACCUUCUGCAAGCAGAGGAUGCACAGACUGAAAACUGCUCGAGUUAAUUUGUGGCUCUAGUGUGUGUGUGUGUGUGUGUGUGUGUGUGUGUGUG